AGUCCAGCCAUGCAGCUGAAUGAGACUGGAGCUCAGACACUGGCUCCAGAGCCAUGUGAGCAGCAGAUACUGCAGGAGGACAACCCUGGCAUCUCCAGCAGAGGUUCCACCAGCAACAUGUCACUGCACUGCUGGCUGCAGCUCCUCACCAGGGAAUCUAUCAUGGAGUUUCAAGGAGACAGCUCCAGCCUGGUGGUGCGCAUCAUGAUAGCGUGUGUCUACUCUAUAGUCUGUGCACUCGGGCUGGUGGGAAACUCGCUGGCUCUGUAUCUGCUGCACUCACGCUACAGGCAGAAGCAGUCAUCCAUCAACUGCUUCGUGAUGGGUCUGGCCAUCACAGACCUCCAGUUUGUCCUCACUUUACCUUUCUGGGCAGUGGACACAGCCCUGGACUUCCGCUGGCCAUUUGGCCGUGUGAUGUGCAAAAUCAUCAGCUCUGUCACCACCAUGAACAUGUAUGCCAGUGUGUUCUUUCUCACAGCUAUGAGCGUGGCACGUUAUUACUCUAUCUCCUCUGCACUGAAGAUGCACAGUAGGCGUGCAGCAGCUGCCAGGGCCAAGUGUACAAGCCUUGGCAUCUGGGCCGUCUCUCUCCUGGCCACUUUGCCCCACGCCAUCUACUCCACCAGCGCCCAGGUAUCAGAUGAGGAACUAUGCCUGGUGCGCUUUCCAGACUCUGGCAGUUGGGAUCCGCAGCUUCUCUUGGGUCUAUACCAGCUGCAGAAGGUUCUGCUGGGCUUCCUCAUUCCUCUCAUCAUAAUUACCGUCUGCUAUCUCCUGCUACUGCGCUUGAUCCUCACCCGAAGAAUAGCCGGGGCAUCAAGCACAGAAAGUGAGCAAGGUCGGCAAAAUCGUCGCUCCAAAGUCACCAAAUCCAUCAUCAUCGUGGUUCUCUCCUUCUUUCUGUGCUGGCUGCCCAACCAGGCGCUGACUCUGUGGGGUGUGCUCAUAAAGUUUGACCUUGUCCCCUUCAGCAAGGCUUUCUAUAAUGUGCAGGCUUAUGCUUUCCCCUUGACUGUGUGCUUGGCUCACACCAACAGCUGCCUCAACCCCGUGCUCUACUGCCUGGUCCGCAGGGAGUUUCGGUCCGCUCUCAAGGAAAUUCUUCUCCGCGCCACUCCAUCCUUCAGGAGCCUGACUCAUCUGCUGCGUCGCAAGGCCAAAGUGGCUGAGGCACCUCCAGUGCUGGUGCUGGUCCAAAUGGAUGUCUGA